UGCCCAUAGAAUAGAGUUAGGCACUUGGCAACUCUGCACAUUCAUGCGCUCGACACUUUCGUUUUCCACCUUUGGCCUCAGCCUAACGCGCAAUUCUGUUGGAAGUCUUCGGCCCUUAGGAAAAAGAAGUUCUUCGAAUCUCAGCGAAUAUCUAACUACAAUACAGCCGCGUCUCAAUCGACGUCAUUUCAGCUUGUUGACUCAGAGAGCCGACUUUCGAGAUGUGCCCUCCAGACCCGAAAGGCGAACAUCGUCGUCUACCCACGGCAUCUAUCCACGACACGCACUAAUUCGACCGCCUUACAAGCGGGAUUGUAUUAAUCGUGCUCACAGUGCUGUUUGCUUACAAAGACAGAGCCUGAGCAGAACUCAAAGCCGCACGCGUUAAACUUUUCGUGAACCUGCACUUUCCUAGCGAGUCGUUGCUUUUUAGAAUCCUCUCAAUGGCAGACGGAAAUCCUCCUCGCGGGACAAUCUGAAGCACUUAGGUUAAAUUGAUGUGAACUCUGAUUGUAUUCUCGUGGCCGUACGGGCCGAAUAUAUACUAAUAGGAAACGGCCCACCCCCUAGGUCUGUCAGCCCAGCUGAAUAGAGGCCAGCUGAAAGGAAUGGACCCUGGUGUAGCUGAA